AUGGGUCGCCGCAAGUCCAAGCGAAAGCCCCCUCCAAAGAAGAAGCUUACUGGAAAUUUGGACACUCAAUUCACCUGUCCAUUCUGCAAUCACGAAAAGUCCUGUGAUGUGAAAAUGUAAGUAACAAAGUACAGUAUGGCUACCUCCCAAAUGGCAAAUCAAAACCAUCGCGCUCUCCCAAAAGCUUGGCGGGUGGUGCGUAAAACCCGCGAAUUCAGACAAAAAAAAGAGGUGUAAUGGGUUCGCACUCAAAAUUAUGUCGCAUAAAGCUUACUAAAUUAUUCGAUGUUUUAAAAUGUUUACUGCAUCAGGGAUAGUGUACAUAGAAGUUUCGGCUACACAGACGUGACAUCCCAAAUUGCACCCUAUUCCAUACAUACUGCACUACUUUUGACCAGAACCCUAUGGGCACUGGUCAAAAGUACACUACGGGCAUUAAUAUGGAGUUGGUCCCCCCUUUGCUGCAAAACAGCCUCCACUCUAAUGGGAAGGCUUUCCACUAGAUGUUGGAACAUUGCUGCAGGGACUUGCUUCCAUUCAACCACGAGCAUUAGUGAGGUCGGGGACUGAUGUUGGGCGAUUAGGGCUGGCUCGCAGUCAGCGUUCCAAUUCAUCCCAAAGGUGUUCGAUGGGGUUGAGGUCAGGUCUCUGUGCAGGCCAGUCAAGUUCUUCCACACCGAUCUCGACAAACCAUUUCUGUAUGGACCUCGCUUUGUGUACGGGGGCUUUGUCAUGCUGAAACAGUAAAGGGCCUUCCCCAAACGGUUGCCACAAAGUUGGAAGCACAGAAUCAUCUAGAAUGUCAUUGAAUGCUGUACCAUUAAGAUUUCCCUUCACUGGAACUAAGGGGCUUAGCCUGAACCAUGAAACAGCCCCAGACCAUUAUUCCUCCUCCACCAAACUUUACAGUUGGCACUAUGCAUUGGGGCAGGUAGUGUUAUCCUGGCAUCCGCCAAACCUAGAUUUGUCAGUCGGGCUGCCAGAUGGUGAAGCGUGAUUAAUCUCUCCAGAGAACGCGUUGCCACUGCUCCAGAGUCCAAUGGCGGCGAGCUUUACACAACUCCAGCCGACGCUCGGCAUUGCACAUGGUUAUCUUAGGCUUGUGUGCGGCUGCUCGGCCAUGGAAACCCAUUUCAUGAAGCUCCUGACGAACAGUUCUUGUGCUGACGUUGCUUCCAGAGGCAGUUUGGAACUCGGUAGUGAGUGUUGCAACCGAGGACAGAUGGUUUUUACGCGCUUCAGCACUCUGCAGUGCCAUUCUUUGAGCUUGUGUGGUCUACCACUUCACGGCUGAGCCGCUUCACGGCUGAGCCGUUGUUGCUCCUAGAUGUUUUCACUUCACAAUAACAGCACUUACAGUUGACCGGGGCAGCUCUAUCAGGGCAGACAUUUGCAGAACUGAAAGGUGGCAUCCUAUGAUGGUGCCACGUUGAAAGUCACCGAGCUCUUCACUAAGGCCAUUCUACUGCCAAUGUUUGUCUAUGGAGAUUGCAUGGCUGUGUGCUCGACUUUAUACACCCGGGUGUGGCUGAAAUAGCCUAAUUUACUAAUUUGAAGGGGUAUCCACGUACCUUUGUAUAUACAGUGUAGUUCACUAGAGGGUAAUGCACUACAGGCUGUAACUCUUACAUUUUAAUGACUUAACUAUUUAUUCAUGCUUUGUGUUUUAACUUCCCUUUCUUGCCAACAGGGAAAGGACCAGAAAUACUGGGAUAAUAUCAUGCACAGUUUGCCUGGAGGAGUUCCAAACCCCCAUUACCUGUAUCCUUUGA